CCCACCACAGAUCAAUUUUUUAUUUUUGAUCUCUCACCACUCCAGACGCAGCUGGCUUUGGUCACUUGCCACAUUCGUCGCAACAAAUCCUCGGCUGCUUCCCUCCCCGCGAUUUGAAUCUCCCCUCACUAAGCUGCUACUCUGAACAUUAGGACCAUACAGUGGUUGCAAGGGAAGUCGCCACCCAGGAUGUUUAUGCUCCGCAACGUGAGCAAAUAUCUCUUUGGAGACACUUCUAAAGAGGCAAUAAUCGACAUUCCACAGGGCCAACUCUAUCUGGUCCGCCCGUUAUCGCCGAAAGGAUACUCGGAGCUGAUAUUUAAAGACGCCGUUGCCACCAUCCGCCGGACUGGCCAAGAAUUCCAAUAUCAGCUUGUCGUGCAGAGGGCCUACGAGGAGGGUGAGGAAGAACUUGCUGAGGACGAGGACGAGCAGGGCGCAGUCGACGCAUUGGAUAAGGACGAGAGAGCUUUCCUGCUAGACGAAAAUCUUCAUUUCCGAUUGGCUGUUCGUGACGGCGGGGAGAAGGUACUUGCUUGGAAAGAUUUGAGUGGUGACGAAGGCGAUCUUUACGAAUUCGUGUGUGACUCUUCGGUGGCCAUAGACAAGACUACAACCUUUGAAUCCGCCGCAGUUCAGUGCCAGUACGAGAGAAAAUACAGGAAAAGCGCCGAGAGAGCUACAGCAGAAGAAUUAAAGCAAUUCUCAUUCGCCGACGAUAGCCCUGUUCCAUCUGCUAGUCCUAUUGACUCUCCCAAGGGCCCAACGUCCGCUGAAUCUGCAACAGCCAUGGCGAAAGACGUGGAAUAUGCGAAGGCGAAAGGAAGCAUCAAGCCCGCCCAAGACACAACCGCAGCCCCACCUUCUUCUGCUGCCCCAACCUCCGGGGAAGUCCUUGCGAAGGAACGCGCAGAGCUACACUUGUUCGAUUUCAACAGCGGUACAUUCGUGGUACAGGAUACUGAAGUUGUCGCCACAGUCACGGAAAUUGGAAACUGGCAAUACUGGCUUCAAAUUUCUGGGCAAGAUAAAGAAUGGCUUGGUCAACCUGUUAUCGCCGAUAUCAACCCUGUUUUCAAUUUUGAAUACCUUUCUUUCAUCUUCAAUCACUAUACUGAGGAUGGCUCAGCUUACUCAUGGCUGCUCCGGUUCAGGGACCAACCAACAGAGGAGAGAUUCCAGGAAGGCCUCAUGCAGGCACUGUGGGAGCAGUUGAAUGAGACCAAGUGGAUCAAGCAGAAGCAAGAUGACCGCGAGUAUGUCCUGGAUGCCUUUCAGGAUCUUACCAUGGAGGAUCAACCUGAAGCAGAAGAGGAGCCCGAAGAAGAAGCGGAAGAGGAAGAUGAAGAUGACGGACAGCGUAGUGAACACUAUGAUACUGAUGAGGAGGAAGAUGACGUUGUCACGAAACCUGAUGAUGGAAACGUCAACUCGCAGCUGGCUGUGGGCUACAAACAUGACCGGUCAUUCGUCGUUCGUGGUUCCGCGAUUGGUGUUUUCAAACACACUCCCAAUAACAAACUCGAAUUUUCCACCAAUAUCUCCAAAGUCGAAGCCCCUAAUGGCAAGCUUUUCAGCCCUAAGAAAGUCAUGCUUCAUGCAGAAGAUUCGAAUAUGAUUUUGCAGAAUGCUGCGAAUCCCAACUCGGUGUACCGCAUGGACCUUGAAUAUGGAAAGGUUGUUGAUGAAUGGAAGGUUCAUGAUGAUAUUGGAGUUACCACCUUUGCUCCAGAACAGAAAUUCUCACAAAUGACCUCAGCACAGCCAUUUUUGGGUGUUUCCAACAACGCUCUUUUUCGGAUUGAUCCUCGUCAGUCUGGCAACAAGUUGGUAGAGUCAAACCUGAAACAAUAUGCCAGUAAAAAUGACUUCUCGGCCACUGCCACAACCGAGAAGGGAUAUAUUGCUGUUGCCUCGAACAAGGGUGAUGUGCGUCUAUUUGAUCGUCUAGGAAUCAACGCCAAGACACAUAUUCCUGCUCUUGGGGAACAGAUCAUUGGUUUAGAUGUUUCUGCAGAUGGCCGCUGGGUCUUGGCCACUUGCCGCACAUAUCUACUUCUUAUGGACACCCUACAAAAAGAGGGCAAAAAUGAGGGCAAGCUUGGGUUUGAAAAGUCAUUCGCCAAGGACGCGAAGCCUCAGCCUCGUCGACUUGGCCUCCAACCAUCUCAUGUUGCUCAGUUCCAGCACGAGACUAAACAGCCUUUGUCGUUUACUCCUGCUCGCUUUAACACCGGUGUUGGCAGUGAUGAGACAUCUAUUAUUACGGCAACUGGUCCUUUCAUUGUCACGUGGAACAUGAAGAAGGUCAUUGCCGGAAGGAAAGAUCCCUACACCAUCAAGCGCUACGGCGAAAAUGUCAUGGCCGACAAUUUCCGAUUUGGCUCAGACAAGAAUGUCAUUGUUGCUCUACCCAACGAAGUCAACAUGGUACAGAAGAAGAGCUUCAAGAAGCCGACCCGCGAGAGCAUUGCGGCCCCAAUUACACCUUCUCGAAGAAGUGCAGCACACCGUUUAAGCAGGAAUGAUAUUGUAAAUUCCCCUUAUUAAUCGUUACACUCUACCAAUUUUUUCUUUCUGCUUAUGAAUGGGAAGUGGUAGGGAGGUGCUUCGUCUUUUGGUUUUCUCUUUUUGUUUCUUUCCUUCCUUAAUCGACGGCGUCUAGAUUGGCUUCUUUCAACAUUAUGAUUUCUUAUCCAUACCCCAUGCGCCACACAUCCGUAUUUCUUUUUGUUUUUCGUUUGGUUCACAAUCACCCAUGCGAUGACUGGACGAAAUAAUUCACGAAUAUCUCGGGAUCACAUCGCUGAGUAUUUCGGCGGCCAGUUCUUACCUGACGACGUCAGAUAUCA